GAUUGAGGUUUUCCACUAUCGACCAACUAUCACCGACAACCAUUGGACCGCAACUCUCAAGAAUAAAUCUUGUGAGUUUGAUAAGGUCUACGACACCAAUUACGGUAGACGCCGAAGACGUUUGCCCACCAUGUCCGCCAUCGAUUACCUGCUCCACGAGAGCUCAGUGGGAUAUGCGAUCUUCCAGGUCGUCCACCAGCCAGAGACUAUUGGCAGCAGAUUGAAGGAGGUUGAGGCUGCUUCCCAGGAUGUCGCCAAGUUCGGAAAGAUGGUCAAGCUGGUCAACUUUGCGCCUUACAGAGGUGCGGCCGAGGCCCUUGAGAACGUCAACCUCAUCUCUGAGGGUGUCCUGUCCGAAUACCUCCGCUCCGUCCUUGAGCUGAGUCUCCCAAAAGUCAGCAAGAAGAAGAAGACCGUUCUCGGUGUUCAGGACAAGGCCCUGGCCGGUAGCAUCAAGGCCAACUUCUCCUCCGUCGAGUGCGAGACCGGUGACACCUCCGAGGUUGUCGCCGACCUUCUCAGAGGCCUGCGUACGCACGCUGGAAAGCUGCUGAAGGGUCUCCACGAGGGAGAUGUCGAGAGAGCCCAGCUCGGUCUCGGCCACGCCUACUCUCGCGCAAAGGUCAAGUUCUCCGUCCAGAAGAACGACAACCACAUCAUCCAGGCCAUUGCCACCCUUGAUCACCUCGACAAGGCCGUCAACACAUUCUCCAUGCGCGUGCGCGAGUGGUACUCGUGGCACUUCCCCGAGCUGAUCAAGAUCGUCUCGGACAACCACACCUACGCCAAGCUGGCCCUCGCCAUCGGCGACAAGAAGUCCCUCAGCGACGACCGUCUCCACGACAUCGCCGCGCUCGUCAACGACGACGCCGACAUCGCCCAGGCCAUCAUCGACGCCGGCAAGGUGUCCAUGGGCCAGGACAUCUCCGAGGAGGACAUGAAGAACGUCUCUGCGUUCGCUAACCGCGUCGUCAAGCUCGCCGAAUACCGCCGCUCCCUCUUCCAAUACCUCACCGACAAGAUGGCCAUCGUCGCGCCCAACCUGGCCUCGCUGAUCGGCGAGGUCGUCGCCGCGCGCCUCAUCUCCCACGCGGGCUCUCUCACCAACCUCUCCAAGUACCCCGCCUCCACCGUCCAGAUUCUCGGUGCUGAGAAGGCGCUGUUCCGCGCGCUGAAGACCAAGGGAAACACCCCCAAGUACGGUCUUAUUUACCACUCUAGCUUCAUUGGUCGCGCUGGCGCCAAGAACAAGGGCCGCAUUUCCAGAUUCUUGGCCAACAAGUGCUCCAUUGCGUCGAGGAUUGAUAACUUCUCCGAGACCCCGUCGACGAAGUUCGGUGAGGCUCUCAAGGCUCAGGUCGAGGAGAGACUUGAGUUCUACGCCACCGGAAAGGCACCAACCAGGAACGAGGAGGCUAUGAAGGGAGCCAUGGAUGCCGUCCUCGGCGAGAUCCAGAUCGACCCCGAGAUGGCCGAUAUCGUCCCCCCCAGCGCCACCAAGAAGGAUAAGAAGGAGAAGAAAGAUAAGAAGGAGAAGAAGAGCAAGUCCGGCGGCGACGACGAGAAGAAGGACAAGAAGCGCCGGCGCAGCGAGGCUGCCGACGAGGAGCCCCCGAAGAAGGAGAAGAAGAAGAGCAAGAAGGUCGCUGCCUAGAUGUGCCCUAGCGGCGCUUCUCCCUUUUGCUACGACUCUUGUACUUCUCUCUUGUGUUUUUUUCAUAACUCGGCGCGGUCAUGAAGGUGUGGGUGCGCAUACAGUUCUAGUUUGUGCAUGUUUGGCGUUUGCGGCUCUGUGUAGGCUGGCAUCUUUAGGAUCUUAGGUGCUUCGAAUAAAUAACAUGUGAAAAGAAAUAUGGGGUGCUUGCUGCCGUGAAUACUGUGACUGUUGUGGCUAUAACUGUAUGUUCUGUG